ACGGCAGGCAGAACACAACGCUUGCAAGGAGACCGAAGAGGAAGGAAUAUAAAGAUGAGUCUGGGAUGGAUACACGCUCCUCUCCCAGAGUGCGCAGGGCAACCACCUCCAGGGCUGAGAGGAUCUGGCCAGGGGGGGUCAUCCCCUAUGUGAUCGGAGGAAAUUUCACUGGAACCCAAAGAGCUAUCUUCAAGCAAGCGAUGAGGCACUGGGAGAAGCACACCUGUGUGACGUUUGUGGAGAGAACCGACGAAGAGAGUUUCAUUGUGUUCACGUACAGAACCUGUGGAUGUUGCUCAUACGUGGGUCGCCGAGGAGGGGGCCCUCAGGCUAUAUCCAUUGGAAAGAACUGUGACAAGUUUGGUAUUGUGGCUCAUGAGCUGGGUCAUGUGGUGGGUUUCUGGCAUGAGCACACACGGCCUGAUAGGGACCAGCAUGUCACGAUCAUCAGAGAGAACAUACAGCAAGGUCAGGAGUACAACUUUUUAAAGAUGGAAGCUGGGGAAGUGAACUCACUGGGAGAGACCUAUGACUUCGACAGCAUCAUGCACUAUGCUAGGAACACAUUCUCCAGAGGGGUUUUCCUCGACACCAUCCUUCCCCGUCGUGAUGAUAACGGGGUCCGGCCAACUAUUGGUCAGCGUAUUCGCCUGAGUCAGGGAGACAUCGCUCAGGCGAAGAAGUUGUACAAAUGCCCAGCUUGUGGAGAGACUUUGCAGGACUCAACAGGGAAUUUCUCAGCACCUGGCUUUCCAAAUGGCUACCCCUCCUAUUCCCACUGUGUCUGGAGAAUCUCGGUGACCCCAGGGGAGAAGAUUAUGUUAAACUUCACAUCAAUGGACCUGUUUAAAAGUCGCCUUUGCUGGUAUGAUUAUGUGGAGGUGCGUGAUGGCUACUGGAGGAAGGCUCCAUUACUGGGUAGAUUUUGUGGCGACAAGAUCCCUGAACCGGUAAUCUCCAUGGACAGCAGGCUGUGGAUCGAGUUCCGGAGCAGCAGUAACAUCCUGGGCAAAGGCUUCUUUGUGGUCUAUGAAGCGAUUUGCGGUGGAGAAAUUAAAAAAGAUGCUGGCCAGAUCCAAUCUCCCAAUUACCCAGAUGACUACAGACCUUCCAAAGAGUGCAUCUGGAAGAUCACGGUUUCUGAAGGCUUUCACAUAGGAAUCACAUUUCAAGCCUUUGAGAUUGAAUGGCACGAUGCAUGUUCUUAUGACUACCUGGAGAUCCGAGAUGGCCUCACUGAAUACAGCCCAUUAAUCGGUCACUUCUGUGGCUAUGAGAAGCCAGAAGAUAUCAAAUCCAGUUCAAAUAAAGUAUGGAUGAAGUUUGCAUCUGAUGCAACCAUCAAUAAAGCAGGCUUUGCAGCAAAUUUCUUUAAAGAAAUGGAUGAAUGUUCUCUGCCAGACAAUGGUGGAUGUGAGCAGCACUGUGAGAACACACUGGGCAGUUACAAAUGCACCUGCGAGCCUGGCUAUGAGUUGACAGCUGAUAAAAAGAGCUGUGAAGCUGCCUGUGGGGGCUUCAUCACCAAGCUCAAUGGGACCAUUACUAGCCCUGGAUGGCCCAAGGAAUAUCCUACUAACAAAAACUGCGUCUGGCAGGUGGUAGCUCCAGCCCAGUACCGGAUCUCUCUGCAGUUCGAAGUGUUUGAGCUGGAAGGCAAUGAUGUCUGUAAAUAUGACUAUGUUGAGGUUCGUAGUGGGUUGGCUUCUGACUCCAAGCUGCAUGGCAAAUUCUGUGGCUCAGAGAAGCCUGAAGUAAUCACGUCGUAUGGCAACAACAUGAGAUUGGAGUUCAAAUCAGACAACACGGUCUCCAAGAAAGGCUUUAAAGUUCACUACUUCUCUGACAAGGAUGAGUGCUCCAAAGACAAUGGUGGUUGCCAGCACGAAUGUGUCAACACCUUUGGGAGCUACGUAUGCCAGUGCAGAAAUGGCUUCAUGCUGCAUGAAAACGGCCAUGAUUGUAAAGAAGCUGGUUGCGAGCACAAGCUGAGUGGUGCAGAGGGAAUGAUGAGCAGUCCAAACUGGCCUGACAAGUACCCCAGCCGGAAAGAGGGCACCUGGGACAUCUCUGUAACGCCUGGCCACCGAGUGAAAGUAACCUUCAAUGAGUUUGAGAUUGAACAGCACCAAGAAUGUGCCUAUGACCACUUGGAAAUGUAUGAUGGGCCCAACAGCAAGUCACCUAUCCUUGGCCGCUUCUGCGGCAGCAAGAAACCAGACCCUGUAGUGGCUUCUACCAACAAGAUGUUCCUCAGGUUUUACUCCGAUGCUUCUGUGCAGAGAAAAGGUUUCCAGGCAAAGCACAGCACAGAGUGUGGUGGGCUUUUAAAGGCUGAAGUACGAACUAAGGAGCUGUAUUCCCAUGCUCAGUUUGGGGACAACAACUACCCAGGUCAAGCGAACUGUGAAUGGGUGAUUGUAGCUGAAGAUGGUUAUGGGGUUGAGCUGAUAUUCCAGACAUUUGAGAUCGAGGAGGAGGCUGACUGUGGGUACGACUACAUGGAGAUUUAUGAUGGUUACGACAGCACUGCACCCCGCCUGGGACGCUUCUGUGGCUCAGGGCCUCUGGAAGAAAUCUACUCUGCAGGAGAUUCCGUCAUGAUUCGAUUCCACACAGAUGACACCAUCAACAAGAAAGGUUUUCACGCGCGAUACAUAAGUACCAAAUUUCAGGAUGCAUUGCACAUGAGAAAGUAGUUUGACUGCUCCUCACAGACAUUCCCAUCUGAAGACUGAGACAUUUAACUGUGAUCUUUGUCUUUUUUUUUUUUUUUUAAAAGCUUCUGUGCACCUGGCCAAAAGCAGUGUACAGUAUUUUCUGUAACUAAAACUAAAUCCAGUCUCAAAGGUUUGCCUCUGAAAUUAUUAGCAUGACCCUUUCUUGUUAACAUACCCAGGACCAAAAAUUGUCUUCUAAUCAUACCUGCCAGGGCAUAAACAUUGUAUUUUGCACAGCUUGCCAUGGGGCUGAGUGAAGACUGAGAUUGAAUUGAGAAAAGCCUUCAUCUCUUGCAUAUCCUAUUUCUAGGUGACAUUUCCUAAUCAUCCUGUGCACAUGAGCUGUCUGAACACAUUUUCUGGAGCAGAUGAUGUGGACAGCCACCCAGCAGGAUUUUCUCAAAGGACCUUGGGAGCCACCCACUCUCCACUACUAGCCCAAAAUACUCUGUGCAAUAAGUGAACA